AUGCUCGCAAGUGUUAAACUUGUCAGUCCGUUAUACAGAGUAUUGUCUCAGAAGGGCGUACAAUUUAGACAAUUUCAAACUUGCUAUAACUUGUUGAAAAAAGCUAGCAAGAAAUCAGGGAAGGGCAAGAUAGAUGAAGAGGAGCCUACUGAAGUCGUGGAUGUUAAGCAAUAUGUUCUAAAGGCCAAAACACAGUUCAGCGUAACGCUGGAUUUACACAAGAAGAAGCUCAGCGAAAUCAGGGCCGGGUCCGCGAGCCCUAGCAUAUUUGAUAAACUUUCAGUCGGUAAGGAAAAUAGCAAGUUCACCGAUGUUGCUACCACCUCUAUGAAAGGCAAAAACAGCUUAAUAGUGACAGUUUUUGAUCCUAAGGACACUAAGUCUGUCGUCAGCAGUAUUUUGGCAGCUGGGCUCAACUUGAAUCCUGAAAAGAUACCCAACAACGAUCAACAACUGAAGAUCUCCCUACCGCCACCAACAACUGAGACACGUAAGCAGACCUGCAAGCAGCUAAAGGAAGUUUUUGAAGAGUUCAAAAAUUCUGCAAAUAAGAACUCGUUAGGUCAUAUUAGAGGCGACAUCCUUAAACAACUGAAAAAUAUUGACAAGAAAAAUGAUUCAGUGAAAAAAGUUAUUCAGGACCUUGACAAGCUUCACAAAGAGUAUACAAACACUCUUCAGGAACAGUUGAAGCAAGCCGAGAAAAAUGUCUUAGGAUGA